AUUUGGUUGGUAAAGAUAAAUUAUUAUUGAUGCGGACUCUUACCAUUAAUACGUUCCUACACAGCUUCCUUAGGAGUAUAUCUUAUAUCAUUAUUUUAGAUCACGACUUCGAUUGUGAACUGGAAGUGGUACGUGAGCUCUUGGUUGGAUGUCUGCAAAGCAAGGACUGGUUGGAGGCUCUAGUAUAUUCUGCUAUCUAUCUGAAGUGGAUAAACACAGGGCAAAUUCCUUGCUUUGAAGAUGGGGGUCAUCACCGGCCUAAUAGACAUGCUGAGAUAUCCAGGCAUAUAUUUCGUGAACUGGAAAGGAUUUCAUGUAGGAAAGAUACAUCACCUCAGGAGGUGAUUGUUAUUCGCAAGAUUCAUCCAUGUUUACCAUCUUUUAAGGCGGAAUUUACAGCUUCAGUCCCACUUACUCGAAUUAGAGACAUUGCUCAUCGGGGUGAUAUCCCUCAUGACCUUAAGCAAGAAAUCAAGCAUACAAUUCAGAACAAGCUUCACCGAAAUGCUGGCCCAGAAGAUUUAGUUGCUACAGAAGCAAUGCUUGCAAGAAUAACUAAGAGCCCUGGAGAAUAUAGUGAAGCAUUUGUUGAGCAAUUCAAGAUAUUCCAUCAAGAACUCAAAGAUUUCUUCAAUGCUGGAAGCCUUGCUGAGCAGCUUGAGUCAAUCAGAGAUUCUUUAGAUGAUCUGGGGAUUUCAGCUCUUAUGAUGUUUCUGGAGUGUAAAAAGAAUUUGGACGCUGCAGAGGAAUUAAGUGGCAUUUUGAAACUAAUGAAAACCAUGCAAUCUUUGAGUGCAUUGAGAGAAAUAAUUGUAAAGGGCCUUGAAAGUGGUCUUAGGAAUGAUGCUCCUGAUGCUGCAAUAGCAAUGCGUCAAAAGUGGCGGCUUUGUGAGAUUGGUCUUGAGGACUAUUCAUUUGUCCUUUUAAGCAGAUUGCUCAAUGCACUUGAAGAUAUGGGAGGAGCAAAUUGGCUUGCAGAUAAUGUGGAAUCAAAAAAUAUAAGUUCAUGGAAUGAUCCACUUGGUGCCCUUGUUGUUGGUCUUCGUCAGCUUGGUUUAUCGGGUUGGAAGCUGGAAGAAUGCACUGCUAUUGGAAAUGAAUUAAUUUCUUGGCAAGAGAAAGGUCUUUUUGAGAAGGAAGGGAGUGAAGAUGGCAAAACAAUAUGGGCAUUAAGGCUCAAAGCUACCCUUGAUAGAGCGAGGAGGCUAACUGAAGAAUAUUCUGAAGCACUCCUUCAGAUUUUCCCUCAAAAAGUUCAGAUACUUGGAAAUGCUCUUGGAAUACCAGAAAACAGUGUAAGGACAUAUACUGAAGCUGAGAUCCGUGCAGGAGUAAUUUUCCAGGUUUCAAAACUCUGUACCCUUCUUCUGAAAGCUGUUCGUACCACACUUGGUAGUCAGGGUUGGGAUAUUCUUGUUCCAGGAUUUGCUUGUGGAACAUUGGCUCAGGUUGAGAACAUUGCCCCUGGAUUGCUGCCGUCAUCUGUUGAGGGACCUGUUAUUCUUGUAGUUAAGAAAGCUGAUGGGGAUGAGGAGGUAAUGGCUGCUGGGACUAACAUAAAAGGAAUAGUGCUUCUGCAGGAGCUGCCUCACUUAUCACAUCUUGGUGUUAGGGCCCGGCAAGAGAAGGUUGUGUUUGUGACAUGUGAAGAUGAUGAUGUAGUUUCUGACAUACAAAAGCUUUCAGGAAAAUAUGUGAGAUUGGAAGCUUCUUCAAGUGGUGUCAAUAUGAGUCAAUCACGAACACAUGAUUUUGAUGGUGAUCUUGGAAGAAAUAUUUUGAAUAAUAGUUCAGCUGUUGUUGAAGCAACUGAACCCCAUGACAAAUUGUACUCUGCUGUUAAGGCAUCUUACUCUAUUCAGGGUAGUUCUGCUGGAGGAGUUAUACCGCUGGCUGAUGCUGAUGCAUUAACUUCAGGUGCAAAGGCUGCAGCUUGUGGUCGUCUAGCUUCAUUGUCAGCAGUUUCUGAUGAGGUUUACGGUGAUGAAGGGGUACCAGCUUCAUUUCGUGUCCCUGCUGGAGUGGUUAUACCCUUUGGUUCCAUGGAAUUGGCCUUAGAACAGAGCAAAUCAACAGAAAAAUUCACAUCUUUACUAGAGCUGAUAGAAACUGCUGGGCUGGAUGAUGGCAAACUGGACAAACUGUGUUAUGAAAUCCAGGAACUGAUUUCUUCCUUACAGCUCCCAAAAGAUGUUAUUGAUAGCAUAAGCAGAAUAUUUCCUGAAAGUUCAUGCUUAUUUGUUCGUUCAAGUGCCAAUGUGGAGGACUUGGCUGGAAUGUCAGCUGCUGGGCUCUAUGAAUCAAUCCCGAAUGUUAGCCCCUCUAAUCCAAUAGUGUUUUCAAAUGCUGUUAGCCGAGUAUGGGCUUCACUCUAUACUCGGAGAGCAGUCCUUAGCCGUAGAGCUGCUGGUGUGUCUCAAAGGGAUGCUGGAAUGGCUGUUUUGGUCCAAGAAAUGCUUUCCCCAGAUCUUUCUUUUGUGCUUCACACACUAAGCCCAACAGACCAUGAUCAUAAAUACAUGGAGGCUGAGAUUGCUCCAGGACUUGGCGAAACCCUCGCAUCAGGAACCAGGGGCACUCCUUGGCGUCUCUCUUGUGGGAAGUUUGAUGGGCAUGUACGGACACUGGCAUUUGCAAAUUUCAGCAAGAUGCUGGUAACUGGUGCAGCGCCUGCUGAUGGUGAAGUUAUUCAUUUGACAGUAGACUACAGCAAAAAGCCAUUGACAGUUGACCCAAUAUUUCGUUGCUGGCUUGGUCAACGCCUCUGUAUUGUCGGCUCCUUCCUGGAGAGAAAGUUUGGCUGCCCGCAAGAUGUUGAAGGAUGCGUUGUGGGUAAAGAUAUUUUUAUAGUUCAGACACGUCCACAACCCCAUUAAGAGAUUCCUAAAUAAGUUGAUGCUUCAUGAAACUUAUUCUACAUAGAAACCACACUUGUGGUCUUCUGCCAAUGGAAACAUCAUGGUAGACAAAUCUUUUUGACCAUGUGCAUGAUCAAUACCCAAAAGAAGCCGUAUUCUUGCACCUAUAGUGGAAGGAGAGCCAAUGGUUUAUUCUAUAGUUCGUAAACCAUACUGCAUGUUAAAAUGAUUGAUGUACUGCGACAAGCAGUAAGUUGGCAUUUGUUGUUUAUUUUAUUAUGUCUUAAAACUUAUCUGGAAAGUACUGAUAUUUAGUGGUUGUGCUGGAAAGGACAUUUGUGUUGAUGAUUACCACACCUACUUUACAGUUUAUUUCAGGCCUGUUUUUUAACAGAACGGAUAUAGGUAUAUCUGAUCGGUGCAUUUGCAUGUGAAAUUUACUUGCCGUUUCUAUUUCGUUCUUUUAUCACUUUAACAAAAGCAUUAUUAUUAU